AUGGUCCAGGACGAAGGCUCCUCGUCGUCGGUCACAUCGUCCCCGCUGCACAACUUCUCCACCAUGCCGCUCCACACAUCCCCCGGCGGCGCUGCGGCGGCGUCCCCGACGCCGCCGUGGCUGGCGCGCGAGCUCCGCUCCGACGAGCGCGGGCUCUGCCUCAUCCACCUCCUCCUCAACUGCGCGGCCGCCGCGGGCGCGGGGCGACUGGACGCCGCCAACGCGGCGCUCGAGCACAUCGCGUCGCUGGCGUCCCCCGACGGCGACGCCAUGCAGCGCGUGGCCGCCGCCUUCGCGGAGGCGCUGGCGCGGCGCGCUCUGCGCGCGUGGCCCGGGCUGUGCCGCGCGCUGCUCCUGCCCCGUGCGGGCCCCACGCCCGCCGAGCUCGCCGCUGCGAGGCGCCACUUCCUCGACCUCUGCCCGUUCCUCCGCCUCGCGGGCGCCGCCGCCAACCAGUCCGUCCUGGAGGCCAUGGAGUCGGAGAAGAUCGUGCACGUCGUGGACCUCGGCGGCGCCGACGCCACGCAGUGGCUCGAGCUGCUGCACCUCCUUGCCGCGCGGCCCGAGGGUCCGCCGCACCUCCGCCUCACCGCCGUGCACGAGCACAGGGACGUGCUCACGCAGACGGCCAUGGCGCUCACCAAGGAGGCGGAGCGGCUGGACGUGCCGUUCCAGUUCAACCCCGUCGUGUCCCGGCUCGAGGCGCUGGACGUGGAGUCGCUCCGCGUGAAGACCGGCGAGGCGCUCGCCGUCACCUCUAGCCUGCAGCUGCACUGCCUCCUGGCCUCCGACGACGAUACCUCCGGCAAGGACGGCUACCACCACCACCAGAGCAGCAACGGCAAAGGCGGGGACACGAACAAGCGGCAGCGGAGCCCGGAGUCCGGGGUGUCCCCGACGACGUCGCGCGCCGACGCGUUCCUGGGCGCGCUGUGGGGCCUGUCGCCCAAGGUGGUGGUGGUGACGGAGCAGGAGGCGUCGCACAACGCGGCGCCGCUGACGGAGCGGUUCGUGGAGGCGCUCAACUACUACGCGGCGCUGUUCGACUGCCUGGAGUCGGCGGCGCCCCGCGGGUCGGUGGAGCGCGCGCGCGUCGAGCGCUGGCUCCUCGGGGAGGAGGUGAAGAACAUCGUCGCGUGCGACGGCGCGGACCGGCGGGAGCGGCACGAGCGGCUGGACCGCUGGACGGCGCGGAUGGAGGGCGCCGGCUUCGCACGCGUCCCGCUCAGCUACUACGCGCUGCUGCAGGCGCGGCGCGCGGCGCAGGGGCUCGGCUGCGACGGCUUCAAGGUGCGCGAGGAGAAGGGCGCCUUCUUCCUGUGCUGGCAGGACCGCGCCAUCUUCUCCGUCUCCGCUUGGCGCGGUCGCCGCUUCGACUGA